CCCUCCCUCUCCGUGACUCACCUGUCGCCUCCUCCUCCUCCUCCUCCUCUUCCUCCUCCUCCUUCCAGGCUUGGACACGCAGCUCUUUCCUUCCUUCCCCGUCUUCCUCCCUUCUUUCCUUCUCCAAGAAGACGCAACUCCGAGGCUCUCCGUCUCGCACACGAAGAUCUCUACCUGCCGUUCUCGGCUAAGCCUCUUCUCCUCCCAUUUCCAGACAGCCAGAGACUGAUUGAUUUCCUCCCUCCGAAGCCUUGGCUCUGCCGAUCCGCCUGGCAAGCAAACCGGCCUUUCCAGUUUGGGGCCUGGGCACCAAAGGCACCUUCCCGCAGCCCGGCCGUUGGGCGCCUUUCGCUCCCGGGGCUUUUUCCCAUCGGAGGCCGACGACGGGAUGUCCACCCGGGACAGUGUCCAGAUCCCCGACGACAGAGACUUCGAACUUUUCCGGACAGAAUGCAACUCCGAGCAGGGAUGGAGCCUGACCUACAACAAGUCCGGCGUCGUGGUCUGGGUGCAAAUCCUGGAGGCGGAGAAGUCGCUGCACAAAAUCAAGUGCAGGAUGGACUGCAAGGACCUUUCGGCGGAGACCCUCUACGACGUCUUGCAUGACAUCGAAUACAGGAAAAAAUGGGACACCAACGUCAUCGAGACCUUCGACAUCGGGAAGCUGACCGUCAACGCUGACGUCGGCUACUAUUCCUGGCGGUGUCCGAAACCCUUGAAGAACCGAGACGUCAUCACGCUGCGCUCUUGGCUGCCCAUGGGCAGCGACUAUAUCAUCAUGAACUACUCUGUCAAGCAUCCGAAAUACCCACCUCGGAAGGACAUGGUGAGAGCUGUCUCCAUCCAGACCGGUUACUUGAUCCAAGGGAAGGGAGCCAAAAACUGCACCCUCACCUACCUGGCGCAGGUAGACCCCAAAGGGUCUUUGCCAAAAUGGGUAGUGAAUAAAUUGUCUCAGUUCCUGGCACCGAAGACCAUGAAGAAGAUGCACAAGGCCUGCCUGAAGUACCCGGAGUGGAAGCAGCGGCACAACCCGUCCUUCAAGCCCUGGCUGUUCCCGGAGCAGAACACGCUCUCCUCGCUCUCGCUCUCGGAGCUGGCCAUCCAGCACGCCGACUCCCUGGAGAACAUCGACGAGAGCAGCCUCUCCGAGGAGGCCAAGGACGAGCGGGGAGAGGCCAGCGACGAGGACAGCGUCAACUGACCCACCCUUUGCCCACGGCUGCGGGCGCCCACCACCCGCCUGGGGGGCCCCUUUUUAUUGGGUUUGUGUAAGCGUUUGCGUUUUUCCAAAAGAGAGAGAGAGAGAGAA